AUGAGUGACCUCGCAGAGCAGCUUGGCCGCGGCCAGCCUGUUAGAAUCUCCGAACGCGACAAAUCGGGGAAUCUCUUACGCACAUGGAGUCAUACUCCUGACAAUCAGGUCGUUCUCGAGAGCAAGGCUCGCACCUCUCUGCUCCCCUCUAUGCGCGAAGUUUUCAUGCCUGUUGGAUACCCCCAUUCCGUAUCAAGUGAUUACUUCAACUAUCAAUUAUUUGACUCUCUGCAAGCUUUCUUUUCAACAAUCACUUCCCUCCUCGCGAACAGAGCCCUUCUGCAAGGGUUAGGUGUCGGCGAUGCCAACUCAUCCGCCACAUUUGCCAUGUUCCUCACAGUUCUCAAAGAUGCCGUCUCCCGCAUCGCCACGAUUGUUUUUGCUCACCGGUUUGGUCUUAGAUUUAAGCCGGACGCAAAGCGCUUUCGUUUCCUAGCGGACCUAUUCAACGACACUGCCUUCUUCAUGGAACUGUACAGCCCAUACCUUGGUUCCUACGGCAAGGUCCUCGCUCUUACCACCGGCGAGGCUCUGCGUGCGCUCUGCGGUGUCGCGGCGGGUGCGAGCAAAGCUGCGUUGAGCGUGCACUUUGCUAAGCAUGAUAACCUUGCUGAACUCAACGCCAAAGAAGCUAGUCAAGAAACAGCUGUCGGUCUUAUUGGUCUUGCUAUUGGAACUAUCAUUGUCCACUAUGUGGAGAAUCAUCAUACUGUUGUGUUCCUGAUGACAACUCUUGUACUCGCACAUUUAUGGAUAAACUACCUCGGCGUCACCAGUGUAUGUAUGGAUAAUCUCAACCGUCAACGCGCUACUAUCCUUUUCCAAGAGGUCCUCGAUACAGGCAAACUCUUAUCCCCCGCGGAGGUCUCCAAGCGCGAGAACAUUUUAUUCUGGAAACCAAUCGUCUACAACAAGGCUGGUGAUAUUGCCACCCGAAUCGAAAUGGCAGGAAGCUAUGGCGAGGCUUGCGCUUCCCGAUGCCACGAAACAGUCACCAUUCAUGGAAAUCGAAACAUCCUCUUCAUAACACCCGGUCACACAUACUCAAUCAAGAUCAUGCUUUGGGAAGAUUCUACUGCCAUUCACGCCAUCAGCGCCUGGUUCGAGGCUAUGAAGAUGGCCUGGGGUAUGGUGGGCGUGGGCAAGGAAAAGACAAUCCCAGGGAAAGAAGGCAAAGAAAUCUCCGACAAUGUUGCGCUUUGGGAUCAGCUACGUGCUAAGGGUUGGAACUUGGACUCCCAGGCCUUCGAGACACAGGCGGCUACUCGGCUGAACUUUGAGAAGGAUGAGUGA